AUGCUUGAAGAAUUGGUUACCGCAGUCUCGCCUGGACAGGCAGUCCUGAUUGCGUUGGGCCUGUUCGCUACCUUUCUAUUUAUCUUGGAUUUAAAAAUCGAUUGGCGCAUCCAGAAAUUAGGGCCACAGGCACCGCGUGUAAGGACUUAUCUUCCCUUGGGCGCUGAUUUCAUCUAUCGGGCAAUGAAGGCUGCCGGCAAGCAGAAGGAUCUCGAGUUCUGGACUAAGAUGACCGAGGUUCCCAAAUAUACCGGUCCUGGCCGACUUUCGACCUUUGAGGUCAAAUUUAGCUGCUAUUCCCGCAGCCUUUUCACUAUCGAUCCGGACAAUAUCAAAGCAGUGCUCACUGGCCAAUUUGCCGACUAUGGCAAAGGGAGAAGGUUUCACGAAGAGUGGAGGGACUUCCUGGGGGAUAGCAUUUUUGCCACGGACGGCGAGCUUUGGUCGAAAUCCCGGCAGUUGAUUCGCCCCAUGUUCUCGAGAGAUCGGAUCGUUGACACUGAAAUCUUCGAAAAGCAUAUCCACAAGUUGAUUCCGUUGCUUGGUGGUGGCGCGAAUCAAGAUGGGAGUAAAGUCGUCGAUGUUGGCCCGUUGUUCUUCCGCUUUACUUUGGACGCUGCCACGGACUAUCUUCUGGGUCAGAGCGUCGACAGCUUGGACAACCCGAAGACCACAUUCGCGGAAUCAUUCCAAUAUGUGCUUCAUCGUCAAUCCGUUAUUUUUAGGUCUGGACCUCUGAGUCCACUUCUGUCACGUAAGCUCUUCCACGAAAACCUCAAGAAGAUGGACGAUUUUAUGCAGCCAUUCAUUGAACAAGUCCGUGCCCUCACUCCCGAGGAGCUUGAUCACAAACUUUCCAAAAAGGAUACGUUCCUUCAUGCUCUCGCUCGGUUCACCCGUGACCCAACCGUUCUCCGCGACCAAUUAGUCGCCAUCCUUCUCGCCGGUCGUGACACCACAGCAGCCACACUCUCUUUCUGCAUUUUCGAGCUUUCCCGGCACCCCGCAGUCGUGCAGAGACUCCGCAAUGAAAUCGAAACCGUCUGCGGCAACCGCAAGCCCACGUAUUCCGAGCUCAAAGAAAUGAAAUACCUCAACGCCGUGCUGAAUGAAACCAUGCGCCUCUAUCCCGUCGUUCCAUUUAACGUUCGCCACGCCCUCGUCGACACCACUCUUCCGCGUGGUGGAGGCUCAGACGGCCAAUCCACCAUCGGUGUACCCGCCGACACUCGAAUCGUGUAUUCGACCAUGGCCAUGCAGCGUCGCAGAGAUCUCUACCCGCCACCACCUAUUCCAGGCGAGAAGACCUUACAGCCAUACUUCGAUCCACUCCUGUUCCACCCAGAGCGCUGGGUAUCGGGCUGGCAGCCAAAGCCAUGGCAUUUCAUUCCGUUCAACGGCGGGCCGAGAAUCUGUCUGGGUCAGCAGUUUGCAACGAUUGAGAUGGGGUACACUGUCACCAGGAUCCUCCAGCAUUACCCUGAGAUCAUUGGCGUGGGAGCACCGAAGCCAGGGACAGAUCCAAAGUUCAAGUUUGAUGUUACUUUGAGUCCAGGCCAGAGACUGGAUUGUGUUUUUGUGAAAAAGGAGGAGUAA